AAAAACUGCAGCUCACCUCGCGCGCUGCCCGCGCGCUCCCUCUCACUGUCAACCAGCUCGCUGAGGAGCUGUGACGCCUUCAGGUUGAGCUCGGAGAUCGCGACCCUCAGAGCGCCCAGGCCGCCGUCUCCGGGUCGGAUGCUAAAGCUCUGACUCUGUCCGUCCCGAUAUCGGAGCUCCGCGCGCACACACGCUGCCUCCAUGUUGGUGACCUCCGACGUCACCGGAAGCCGCCAAAUACGAGCUGCUGGACGUCAACCGGAAGUGGUGGUCCGUUAGCAAGUUUCCGCGCUUCGGGUAUCAAAGAACAGCUCCGGUCAGCCUUCCUGACCUGCUGCCCGUCUCUGGGAAUCAGUCGCCGGGAAGAGUUUGGUUGCGGUUCGGCUCGGCUCGGUCCGGUUCGGAAGAAGCUAAAGAUGUGUGAGGAGCAGACGGUGUCUCUGGUGGAUGUUCUGGAAGAGGACGAGGAGCUGGAGGAGGAGGCCUCAGCCGUGUUGGCAGGAAGUGAUUCCGAUCACUGCUCGUACCCUCAGGGCUACGUGAAGCGGCAGGCGCUGUACGCCUGCAGCACAUGCACGCCGCCGGGAGGUGAGGCUGCAGGCGUCUGCCUGGCCUGUUCCUACAAGUGUCACGAGGGUCACGACCUCUUUGAACUUUACACCAAGAGAAACUUCCGCUGUGACUGUGGAAACAGGAAGUUCUCUGGACUGCAGUGUAAACUACAUCCUGACAAGGACGACGUCAACAACCUGAACAAAUACAGCCAUAACUUCUUCGGGGUUUAUUGCACCUGCCUCCGGCCGUACCCGGACCCUGACGACGAGGUGGAGGACGAGAUGAUCCAGUGUGUAGUCUGUGAAGACUGGCUGCACGGCAGGCAUUUGGGUUGCGUGGUUCCGGACUGCGUUGAGACGCAGGAGAUGAUCUGUGAGUCAUGCAUGAACAAACACCAGUUUCUCUGGACCUACGCUGCUCACCUGGGAGUGCACCAUCCAGCACAGCAGACCAAGGAGGAGAAGGGAGAACCAUCGGAACCCAGCCGCUCUACUAAAGAGGAGAAGGGCAAGGACAUCGUGGAGCCCAGCUGUAAACGCAGCCGUGAAGAGGCGGAGCCUAGCUGCAGACUGAAGGAGCUGCAGGAGGCGGGUCAGAAGAGGGACCAAUCAGGAGCCGUGUUCUGGCCGUCAGGGUGGCGCUCCAAGCUCUGCUCCUGCAGCAGCUGCCAGGUGCGGCUGUCUGAAGCCGGAGUGUCCUUCCUGCUGGACGAAUCUGACACCGUCCUGGCUUACGAGAACAAAGGGAAGAACAACGAACAAACACAGCAGGGACAUGACCCUCUGAUGUCAGCGCUGGACAACCUGAAUAGAGUUCAGCAGCUGGAGAUCAUUCACGGCUACAACGACAUGAAAACUGAACUGAAGGACUUCCUGCAGACGUUUGCAGCUGAAGGAAAGGUCGUGACCUCUGACGACAUCCGGCAGUUCUUCGAGCAGCAGAGCCGCAAAAGACGCCGAACAGAUUCUGGACCUUUCUUCUGCUCCUGAUCCAUCCCGCUCACUUUUCACCCUUUCUCAGUUUUAAAGUUUUUUCUGUGAGAUGUUUUAAUGUCAAAUAUCUCCUAGUUUUAUGGUUGUUUUUUUUUUCUUUGUAAGAAUAAAGUUAAGCUGAGCAAUAAACCUGGUUGU